AUGCGUCCCUUGACUAUCUUGAUCCCGAUACUGGUGGCGUUACAGAGAAUACAUGGGCGUGUCACAUCUUCACAACGAGCCGGUGCAGGCGUAUUUGCAGCAUCCGAAUAUUUGGAAUCAUCCCUGGUGAGACGAGAUGUGAUGGCCGGAGGCAGUUGUGGCGCAACAGGAGGUAACGCAGUGUGUGCUUCCGGCUUGUGCUGCUCGACUGCGGGGAUUUGCGGAGCAGGCACUUCUUUCUGCAGCGCGCCAGACUGUCAGCUCUAUUUUGGUCCUGCUUGUGAUGCCAAUCAAAUACCUACUGGACAGGACACGUCGAAAGUACCGCGACCGCUAUUAGGAACUGUCCCUUAUGGCGUCUCUAUCAGCCAUUGCACAGUAAAUGGAAAGGUCGCACUGACUUUCGACGACGGGCCUUAUAUCUAUACUUCCGAACUACUCGACACCCUAAAGAAGAAUAGCGUGAAAGCAACAUUCUUUAUUGUUGGAAACAAUGGCGGGAAAGGCCAAAUCGAGCUGUCAUCAACUGGGUACCCUGCCGUCAUUCAACGGAUGUAUGCCGAUGGUCACCAGAUUGGCAGCCAUUCGUGGAGUCAUCAGAACAUGGCUCUGCUCACAUCUCAGCAACGCCAUGACCAGAUAGUUAGAAACGAGAUUGCCUUGGUAGAUAUCCUAGGGUUUAUCCCUACGUAUUUCCGGCCGCCCUAUACACAGUGUCCUACGGAUUGUCUGAAAGAACUUGGCGAUUUUGGAUAUCAUGUCGCAAAUUAUGAUAUCGACACCCGCGACUGGCAAGGGGACUAUACAUAUGCGCAGAACACAUAUAGCAGCAUCCUGACUCAACACAGCCCGGGCUCCUCGUCCUGGAUCUCGCUGGCUCAUGAUAUUCAGCCCAACACAGUCCACAGUUUUGCCCAGUACAUGAUCGACCAGGCUAAGAAACUUGGCUACGAGCUCGUCCCUUUGGGACAGUGCCUAGGCGAUCCCGAGACGAACUGGUAUCGCGACCCAACCACCGGACAAGUCUGGACGGGUAACGUACAAUCACAGCAUUCUUCCACAACAAUUUUAACGGCCCCCAUUUCGAGUACGGUCCAACUGGUAGCAUUGCCAAGCUCAACUACCACGGUUAUCAAGCAAAGCGCAGUAUUACCAUCGUCGUCGUCAUCAACUUCGCCUACAGCAUUAGCAGUCAUGUCACCGACUACGUCACCAUUCACAUCUUCAACUGUAACACCCAGCACAUCGUCAAGUGUAGUUAUGAUCUCCCCAUCUUUUCCGGCUUCCUCGAUGUCUACCACAACAAGCAUAAGAAUCUCGUCCAUAGCAACAUCGGCCAUAAUUACAAGUCUCACCCCAUCUACUACCCCAACAGCCGUUUCAGGGGGCAACUUCGGUGCAGGUACCGGAAACCAGACUGGUUCACUACCAGCUAGUCUAAGCAGCAGUGUCGCGGUGAAGCCAUCUGAUAGCCGCGCUCAGAACCUGGGGUCAUCGAAAUUUGGAUUGAUGUUUGGAGGAUUAAUGCUUUUAGCUAUGUAUUGA